CUUCUCGCGUAAACCUCGCUGCCUCUUUUCUAUUUCACUUUGUGAAGGUAAUUGGAAUAGGGGUUUCUUGGGUGGUGGCUCCGCCAUCUUGACUGGCUGUCUGUUCCUAUCCGAAUCCAGUUCCGGCCGAAAAGGGAGCAGGACGCGCAGACAGAGAGUAGUGACGACGAAAUACGACACCGCGCACUCCCGCUCGCUCGACAGAUCAACUGCAUAUCCAUUAGACGAACACUGCUCGGUAACUCCCCCCUAGUGCGGUGCACACCUUCUUCUCCUCUGUCCUCUCGGUUGAGGAAAGUGAAAUUAUCAUCAUGAAGAAAUAUGGAAGCGCCUCGCGCCUGGGCGACACUGGAUCUAGCGACGCCCUCGCCAGGCAUGGCUUGCUCAAAAGAAAUGAGAAUAUGGUGGUAUAUGAGAUACAUCCGUCGUCCAAAGCGGAUGCCAAUUUGAAGAAGUUGAUUCAGGCACUGACGACAUGGGUCAACUCAUAUGUGAUACACGAAACGAUGACCGUCCGCGACCUGGUUUCAGAUCUGGACGACGGCCAACUGUUGGCGGCCUUCCUGGGUCAAAUAACAGGCGACGUAAUAGCCGACCCCAACCAACUCGCCGCCAAAUCCGAGCGGACAAAAGUCGCUAUCCUCCAAUCCGUAGUGCGGUACAUGGAGGAAAGUCUCAAGAUCCCGCCGGACCCGUCGCGGUGGACGAUCGAGGGGAUCAUGAACAAGGAUGUGGCGUCAGCGCUUUGUAUAUUGGUUGAUCUGGCGCAGGUGCUCGGGUGUCCGUACGAUAUACCUCCGAAGUUGUCUGUUGCUAUCAUUAGGAAGGAGGAACUCCCCAGUGGCAUCAAACAAAAGACAUCGGUGAUCAAGAUCACCGGCGAGGAGCCCAAAGCGGGCAAAGGCGGGCUUACGGAUGCUGAAGUGUCGCUGCAGCCGCGCGAUGAUGGAGCAGAUUCAGGUUAUGAGCCUGACGCCUUCGACAAACUGUUCGCCAUGCCCGAAAAGAUGCCCGAAGUCACAAAGCUGCUCCUCGAAUUCCUCAACUCCCAGCUCGAAGGCCUCAACAUCCGGUUAAACACACUAGCAAAACUCGAGUGCGUGUACCUGAUAUUGCUGAUCGGGACGAUGGGCAACUUUUUUGUGCCGUUGCAUCAUUAUGCGUUGACGCCGACGACUUUGGCUGCUAAGAUCGACAACGCUAAGUUCGCAAUAUCGAUGAUGAGCGAUCUCGAAAUCGACGUUACGAGGAUAAGCCCGACAGAUCUCGUCCGCAAAGACGUAAAGUCUAUAUCGCGCUGUGUGUUUGCGCUGUUCCAGGCAUUCAACAACCGGGUGUCUACGUGAUAUGAUCUGUCAUCAUGGCUUGUCGGUCGAUGAGGGCUGCAACGGUAACGGUGGUACGUGCCACUGCGAUAUGGAAGGGACCUGGAUUUGGCACUUGCGUUUGAUCCACCCAUCUUUUGGAAGGCUUCAGCUAUGGACUCCAUUCGAGCACAAUCGCCGCAUUCGUGGAGGGAUUCCCGUCAGCCCACCCACUUCCAUCGCCCGUUCGGGAGAUAUGCAAUGAUGUAUUAUCUUAGCGGCGAAAUGAUUAACUAUGUAUAACUUAUGACAAAAAUGUUCAGGUGGGUUCCUAAGACGAACCCACCCAGGUGUUUGAUUUAUAUACAAGCCCAAUGGGGUGAGAUGGAAAAUGAACGGUUUCCUUCAAAAUGCAAUGCGACGAGCGGGACUCGGCGACCGGCGUUCUAGAAGAGAGAAGUA